GGUGGCGGCGGACUGUGCCGGCCUGGCGCUGGGCCGCCAUGGGCAAUCUGUUCGGCCGUAAGAAGCAGAGCCGGGUCACCGAGCAGGACAAGGCCAUCCUGCAACUGAAGCAGCAGCGGGACAAGCUGAGGCAGUACCAGAAGAGGGUCACACAGCAGCUGGAGCGGGAGCGGGCCCUGGCACGGCAACUGCUGCGAGAUGGCAGGAAAGAACGGGCCAAGCUGCUGCUCAAGAAGAAGCGGUACCGGGAACAGCUUCUGGACAGGACAGAGAACCAGAUCAGCAGCCUAGAGGCCAUGGUGCAGAGCAUCGAGUUCACACAGAUCGAGAUGAAGGUGAUGGAGGGGCUGCAGGUGGGGAACGAGUGUCUCAACAAGAUGCACCAGGUGAUGUCCAUAGAGGAAGUGGAGAGAAUCCUGGAUGAGACCCAAGAGGCCGUAGAGUACCAGCGGCAAAUAGAUGAGCUGCUGGCAGGGAGCUUCACGCAGGAGGACGAGGACGCCAUUCUGGAGGAGCUGGAUGCAAUCACUCAGGAACAAUUUGAACUACCAGAGGUUCCUACAGAGCCCCUUCCUGAAUCAAACCCAGAAAAAGCCCCUGUCAAAACCAGACCCAGGCAGGCAGAGCUGGUGGCAGCCUCAUAACUUGGCCUCUUACGGGACUCACAGGGACUCCCCAAGGACUGACCCACAGAAAAUUGCCUGCAGGGCGGCCCUCGAGGGCUCCCAGGAGGCUGACAUAGGCCGGGCUGGCAAGCAUGGACAGUGCUGACGGCAGAGCAACGGCACACACGGGGCUCGCACAUCAGGACAACUCCACAGUGUUUCCCUCACAGUCUAGUCUGAACGCUCUGUGGUGCUGUUUCCUUGCUCUCAUUUCUGGAUUAAACAGCCACAUUCAAGCCCUAGGCCAGGCCAAGGUUCUGGCAGCUGUGGUUCCCACGGUGACCACCCAGGCCUGUGCUCCUGGUGCUGUUCAAACUGCUGACCCUGUCCCCUGUAGCUUGCACUCCUCUGGGGAAAAUGCCCUCAGACUGGGGGUUCCUCUACUUCCUCUUCACUUCUUUGCCGCUCCCAUUAGCUGGUAGGGGGCUUUCAUUAAGGGGUCCUGCCCUUACUUGGCAUCUCAACAUCUCUCAGCUUCUGUGCAGGCUAAGGGUGGAAACCCAGGAAACGAGUUUUCUAAACCUCUCGGUGCCUCUUCUUUGGCACUCCAGACUCAAGCCUCUUGUAUCUGGGGGAGGUGGGCCAUGAGCCGUGCCUGCUGGAUCGACAACUUCAGAAGCCCCAACUUCCUGCUUCAACACUCGUGGGUCUCACACAAAGAAAAGACAUCCCAAAUGUGCAGCAAGACCCUGCUCCAGCAGGUGUGCCCUGCCUUGUGUCCAAGGGGAUCCUGGACCCUGAGCCACCAGCAGCUAAGGCAAGAGGCCCAGAGCCUGGAAGUGACUUCUCGUACUUGGCACUGUUUGUUUCUGGACAGUCUCUCCGGGUUUCCACGGGUCUGUGAGCAGCACAGACCCCAGAAGGCCUCACACACCUUUGGGGCCCACCAGGAACAGAGAGGCACCUCUUCCUAACCCCAAACAGGUUGGCCCCUGUAUUAAAGUUGGCCCCCAGCAUGGUUUUCUGUUCCGUCUUGGGCCUGGUUGGUAUCUUAGCGUGGUUCCCUCUGGCUUUGGCUACACAGGUAGGCUAGAGUGUGGUUUCUGCUCUCAUGACCUAAGACACAACUUCUUGGUCACCAUGCCUGGACAAAUCAAAGAUGACACUAAGUCAAUUAGAAGAGGUAGAAGUUCUGGGCUCCCCCUGGUGGUGGACAACGGGCCAGGGGACUCCAGCUUGUGUGGCCCUGGGCCCCAAAGGUCGCCUCUGGGCAGCUACACACUUCAAGGGCAGCGCACUGCUCUGGCCACAUCUGAGAAGGCACAAGGGUUGCCCAUCCUCAUUCAUGUGGGGAGUGGCUGGAGUCAGGUCUCAA